AUGCCGCCUAACCAAUCACAGACUGAUCCAGCCUGGCCGCCUGGGACCGUCCUAAUCGAAGGUGCGACAACAAAGCUUUAUUUUUCCGACACAAAAGACAAAGUAGCAAGCGCUGACAAGACGAAAGAUCUUUCACGGCCAGGAGAUUCGGAGGUAGUCCUUCAGCCAAGACCUACAAGAAGCCCCAAUGACCCGCUGAACUGGCCAUUAUGGCGCAAAAAUUUGAACUUUGCACUUGUCUCUUACUACGUUAUGAUGGUACUUGCCCUAAUCGACGUCGCGACAGUAACCUGGGGCGAACUCAACCUGGAGCUGGGGUUUAGCUACGCUCUACUAAAUGACAGCUACGCUGCAGGCUGCGGUUCCCUCUGUAUCGGAGGCCUCUUCUUGGUACCUUUUGCACUCAAGUACGGGCGCCGCCCGAUCUACGUGUUCAGCACUGCCAUACAGUGUGGAAUGAGCGUGUGGUCUGCAAAGAUGCAGACGGUCGCAGAUCUCAUGCUGGUCAACAUAUUGAGCUGCAUCGUGGGAGCUCUUUCGGAAGUGUUGGUGCAGAUGACCGUGGCCGAUAUCUACUUCGUUCACCAGCGCGGCCUCACUAACACAAUCUACUUCUGGUUUAUGACUGUCGGAGUGACCUUGUCACCUCUAGCCGGUGGCUUCAUAACCCAGUCUCAAGGAUGGCGCUGGGUCUGGUGGUGGAUGGCUAUACUGUUUGGCGCGGGCCUCGUGGCCUUCAUCUUCCUCUACGAGGAGACCAUGUUCGAUGCCUCCCCCAUCGACGGGGUUCCCGUUGCGGAUAAACUGGACCCUAAGCCGCAGCCUGAUAAAGGAGACCUUGAGAGAUCGGCGAUGGAUAAGUCCGAUGCAACACAAGAGGGCCAGCCAAUGCCUGAAGUGUUCCAGAUUGACUAUUCAAUUCCCGAAAAGACUUAUUGGCAGAAACUCGCACUAUGGACGAAUUCCCUAGUGCCGUUCUCCGAAGUAGGGAAACAUUGCUACCAGCCAUUUGUGAUCCUUUUCAGCAUCCCCGGUGUCUUCUUCAUGGCAGUAGUAUACGGAGUCAUGACCGCCUGCACAACCGUGCCGGUAACCACAUUGUCAUCAGUGAUGACGCUACCGCCGUAUAAUUUCGGCGCAUCCCAGAUUGGACUAAUGGGGUUGCCCCCAUUCAUUGGUACCACUCUAGGAGCUAUGGUUUGCGGGCCAUUGAGUGAUUCUAUAGCCCUCUCUCUUGCAAAACGGAAUGGCGGCAUUUUCGAGCCAGAGAUGCGACUUUGGCUAGCUAUUGCCUUUACUCCAUUGGUUCCGGCUGGUCUUUUCAUGUUUGGCAUUGGACUGGACAAGGGCAGCCAUUGGCUUCUGCCCGCGUUUGGACUUGGCAUUAGUGCCGUGGGAAUUGUUCCUCCUAGCAGUGCUGCACUGACUUAUCUGACUGAUUCAUAUACUGAUAUCAUCGCGGACUCGGUUUUGGGAGUCACGUUCGUUCGCAACCUGAUCUCCACGGUCUUUAUCUUUGCUCUUAAACCUUGGAGUGAUAGGGUGGGGCUUUCGUGGUUCUAUGUGACAUUUGGGCUAAUUUCUACCGUUGUUCUUUUGGGUAAUCUGUUCUUCAUUUACUAUGGGAAGAUGCUUCGGGUGAAGCUGGCUGGCACAUAUCAUCAUUAUAGCAAGAAGCAGCUGAGGUCUAGACCAAACUAG